CCGGCACCGCGACCGCGACAACGCGCGCCCUCGACCAACUUGACAACCACCUCGACGACCCUCCGGCCAAACACACGGCUGGCAUUUUGCAUAUCGCGCGACGCUCACGGCCACAUUCUGAGCUUCAUGUGCCAAUCGCAACAUGGCGCCGACCAAAGUACAGGACGAGUACUCGGAGGAGGAACGUGAUGAAUUCCUGGACAAGGUGGCCGAGUACCACCAGCAGCGCGGGACCGUCUUCGACCGCGUGCCCAAGGUCGGCAGCCGGCACAUCGACCUCUUGCGCCUGUGGAAGCGCGUGAACGCAGAGGGCGGCUACGACAAGGUAUCCGAUACAAAGGGCAAUAAGCUUGCCUGGCGCCGCCUCGCCGCCGAGUUCCUGCCCGGCAGCCCCAGCCUCAACACGCAGGCUUUCCUGGUCAAGUCGGCCUACUACAAGAACCUGGCCGCCUACGAGAUCUCCACCGUCCACCACCGCGAACCGCCGCCCAAGGAGGUGCUCGAGGACGUGACGGCCAAGGGCGGCGACCUGCUGAACCGCACCGUCGAGAACUUCUUCGGCCCCGGCAGCCGCGACGCCCGUCUGCGCAACGGCGAGGACGUCUCGGACGAAGAGGACGACGACGGCGACGCCAAGAAGACGCCCAGCCAGGACAAGAUGGACGUCGACGACCCAGGCAGCACCGGCCGCGCCACUCGCUCCCUCCGCCAUGCCCCUCCACAGCGCGUCCUGUUCCAGCCCGAGUCGUCGACGCGCCAGACACGCCAGUCCACCACCGGCCACCAGGUCAACGGCUACGGCACCAGCGCUGCCGCCAUGACCAUAGCCAGCUACGAGCCGCGCAACCCCGUGCCUUCGACCAUGAAGCCUGUCGUGACGCCGUCCAACAGCCUCGACACGUACAUCCAGUCGCGCAAAAAGUACAUUCUCAACAAAAAGAACCGCCCCGUCCCCCCCAAGGGCAUGAUGCUGCCCGGCACCGGCUUCCCAGGGCCCAACAUCUACAUUCGCGCCCUCCACGCACUGCGCUCACGGGAGCCCGACGAGGAGGCCUACGCCCUGCACCACCUGGUCAAAAUCUCCCACGAACGGGGCGACAAGUACCGCUUCGACCAGUUCCCCGGCCUGGCUGAGGCGCUCAUUGCCAAGGUCAUCGACGUGGGCUCGCUCUUCUUCGACGUGAGCUGGGACAUUUCCUACGUGGAAGACGACUUCGACCAGCCACAUGUUCUCAACGGCCUGUCUGGCACCCAGGACCUGCUGCAGAGGAUAGAAUCGCUCCAGACGCUCGACACCGACGACGACCUCCUGCCAGAGGACGACGCCAAGGCUCUUAAUAUGAUCAACGAGGCGGCUCUGAUCGUACGGAACAUGGUCAUGCUGAAAGAGAAUGCCCUGUUCGUCUCCAUGAUCCCCUCUGUCCAGGACCUGAUUGUCGUUGUCCUGAAUCUGCCCAAGCAUUCGACCGUCGUCGAGCUGCAGCACUACGCUCUCGAAAUUGCCGAGCAGCUGACAAAAUACUGGGAACUCAGUGCCCAGAGCCCCGUCUACCGCUCUCUGCUAGCACAAGUCGACUCAGAUGACCGCGGCAGAAUCAUCACCUCGUUACGAGCACUAGCCCGGAUAGCCAUGAACCUGGAAGCCACAAACAAGCUGUCAAACGUACCCACAAAAACACUACAGUCGAUAUGUGACUGGCUCCUUGUUGAAGACGAAGACCUCCGCAUAGCAUGCCUCGACUUUUUGUAUCUGUUCACCGGGUUUGCAGAUAACGUCGAGAUACUCGCAAACGAGGUCAACAUCGGGAGUGUCGUGAACCAGCUUGUCCGCCUGCUACAACACGGCGCCAUCGCCUACGAAGAACGAAGAAGCACACCAAAAACGACAAAAUCACCACAGCCACAUGACGGCGCGCCGAAGUUGUCAUCGGCGAUAAUCGACCACCUAGUCACGCUCGACGAGCCAGAGCGAAGUUCGCAAUGGCUCAAGACGUGCUUUGAAGAAGACUCCACUGGCGAGAUCACACAAAUCCAACUAUGGUCAGCCUACAACGCAGCCUUCCAAGAAGCAAUGGCAUCCAACCCUUCAGCGUUCAAAGCCCUCAUGCCAGCAAAGGACUUCAUCACAAACGUAUCCACAACCUUCGGUGGCGCAUCAGCCCAGGUCCUCACCGUAGGCGGGCAACCAAAAUACACCAUCCGCGGCAUCAAAUCGCGCUCCAUCCCCGUAGACCCAAGCACAAAAAAGCCCUACAUGCGCUGCUGCUGGCACCCCCCCGCCCUCCUCAACGGCUUCACCGACACCAAACACGCAGCCACCAAACUCGAAUGCGGCGAAUACACAUCCGGCGCCCGCGCCAUGUGGGAGCACAUCGUAGCCACACACCUGCUGAUCCCGCGCGACCAAGAAACAGGCCAAUGGCUCCUCGAGCCCAAACCAGACAUCGACAUGGAAAACGGCGACGCCGUCUCCGCCGCAAAACCACAAACGUACUCCUGCCACUGGGGCGGAUGUACCCGCUUCGCUGACUCGGACGGCACUCACUCCGCCUUCGAAGCGGGCCAGCACAUCAAAACUCACCUCCCGGAUACGUCUAUCAAGCAGGCUAUCCACGCAAAGCAUAACCGCACGCCAGAGGACGCACGCCCGUCGACUGCCUCUGCGCAGACUGGCCCCCUCGACACCACAUCCCUACCACCAUUCACCAACCACCCCUCCUCCACCCUACCCUCCCCCCCGCCAAACUUCCGCUACUACAACACCGCAACAGACGACUCCAACGACGCCGCCGGCCUCCCCCUCUCCUCCGUCCUCGUCCUCCGCAACCUCGCCCGCCAACUUCAGAAACUCGCCCCGCCCGCCCCCUCUGUCAACGUGCCUCACAGCCCCACAUCACACAGCCACAAGCGCGCAGCAAGCUCCGACGCGCGCCGCGAAACAACAGGCGCGAAGAAACCCCGCACUGGGGAUGCGGCGAGGGAACAGGCGCAGCGCGAUGAAGAGAGAGAGGAGAUUGAGGAACUGGGCGUUGGGUGGGUGCCGAGGGUUUUUGGACCCGUCAGGGAGCAGAUUGCGUUUGUGGUUAGUCAUAAUCUUGUGUUGCGGAAUUAUAUGGGGGGGUUGUUGAGGGCGGUUGCUGAGGGUGGGGGGUGAGGUUGUUGUGGAAAAGUUGGAGUUUGAUGGGGAAAUUAUCGCAUGGAUCUUGGUGGGUGUUGGGGCGUUGUGGUGUUUCGGGGGGUUUCUUGUAUGGUUUGAGUGGGUGAGUGAGUGAGUGAGUGUGAAAGAGAGAAAGAGACGUGGAAGAUACCUUUCCCCCCAAACGCAAUAGGAAUAUCAUGUUAGAAUAUCUGGCUUGUUCCUUCUCC